AUGGAUGGCACCCAGGAUGUUGGUGUUAUGGACCAAGCAUCUAUUUGUGUUCGCUAUAUCAAUGAUGGUGAUAUAAAAGAAAGACUUUUUGCAAUUGUCCAAGUAAAGAGUUCUAAAGGAUGUAAAGAUUCAGCAAAAAGAAAGUAUAUAUUUCCAAAAGAUUAUAAUGAUCUCAAAAUAUGGGUCAAAAGAACUGCAAAUCCAGUCUUUAAAAAUAUGUCGCAUGAAACUAUUAGAAGAACUUAUCAAAUAUGCAAAAACCAUUUCGAAAAAUGCUGUUAUUCACCUGGCACUAAUCAAAAAUUAAAGCUGCAUUCAUUGCCUACAUUAAACCUUCCACCUUCAAUCGGAGAGUCAUCAUUAAACUGGUCAAGCAUAAGCCCACCAAAUCAUGAUAAUGUUGAUAUUAUGCUACAAGAUAUCGAACAAGAAGUUGGUAUGUGUGUUUCUCAUUCAACUCCACUUCAUACACCAUCUAGUAGUAAACAUCAAUGUACAUCUGGAACAAUUUGUGUUUCUAACCAGUUUUACUCUGAUUUAGAUGGAAUCCUGCCUCUAGAAAAUGAAUCUAAUCAAAACAUGUUAUUAAAGCCAUUAAAAUUAAACAGAAAAGGAAAACUUACCCCAAACUGUAAAAAAUUAUAUAAAGAAGCCAUGAAGUUGAAACGAAAAGCCGAGCGUUUACAAAAACAAAAUAAAAGUGCUAAAUGUCAACUAAAUUUAGUGAAUCGAUUUGCAAAUAGUACUUUUACAUCUCAAAUAAUAGAUAAAGUUAAUACAAGCACUUUUAAUUUCAUUAUGAGUCAGAUGAAAACUCAAAAAAAGAAACCGCAAGAAGUAAUUUCUGAAGUACAAACCACAGAAUUAAAAAUAAAAGCUACCGUUUGUGACCAAGGAUGUACAAAUCAAGCUGCAAUUAAUAUCCUUUUAAAAGAAAGAAUUCACAGGUGUAAAACUCAAAAUAUUGAAGAUAGAUACAUGGGAUUUUUAAUUAAUGAUGAAGAAAUUGUACCUUUAUAUGAUCCCCCACAUUUGUUGAAAUGUAUGAGAAAUAAUUUAUUGACUAAAAAUUUGAAUUUUAAUUAUAAUGGAAAGAAUCAAACAGCAUCAUGGAGCCAUAUUGAAACUUUGUAUGGAUUAGAUAAACAAAAUGAAAUUUAUGAGUUACGUACUUUGCCAAAAUUAACAGAAUCACAUAUAAUACCAUCUAAAAUAAAAAAAUAUUCUGGUAGUUCACUAUCCAACUCAAUGGGAACAUCUAGUUUGUGUCUUUUUAUGGAUAAGGUGUUUGAUUCUACGAAUGGAUCCACAAUUAAUGCAUUAGAUGGCAAACCCCUAAGAUGUGCAGUUAAAAAAGGAUCUUCUCAUAUUCAAUUUUGGAAUGAAGCAAUUAAGGUUUUCAAAACAAUGGUUUUUGUGAGUAAAGUAGAUAGCUCAGCUGUAAGACAACCAAUAUGUAUAAAAAAUUAUAUAAAAACAUUAGAAUCUUUUAAAUACCUGUGGUUAAAAUUAAAAUCCGAAGGUUUUAAGUUUCUAAUACUAAGGAAUAUUAAUCAGGAUUCUUUGGAAUGUUUCUUUGGAUCUAUUAGGAGCCACGGAUCCAGAAAUAAUAUGCCCAAUUGUUAUCAUUUUUCUACAUCAUUUAAAACAUUACUUUUAAAUAAUUUCUCUUCAUUAAAGUCAUUGGGGAAUUGUGAGGUAGAUGAUAGUAUAGGAGCUUUAGAUAAUUUAAAACAAUUCUUAUCUGGACAAAAUGAAAUAAUUAGUAAUGAUGUUUCAUUAAAUUUAGGUUUGAAUUCAUUUAAUGUAGAAUUUGUUAAACCCAACAAAUCUACAGUAGGUGAAAUGACAAUUGGCUAUGUAGCUGGCUAUAUAAUUCGAACAUUAAUUAAAUCUACUAAUAAUUGUAAUGUAUGUAAAAAUGAUUGUGUAGAUAUUCAUAAUUUUAAUGAACUAAUUAGUGUUAGAAACUAUUCUGAUAACAGAUUAAAAUCACCAAGCAAAAAUUUUAAUAAUAUUAUUGAACACAUUUUAAAUAUUUUUACUGAAGUUAUCAACCGUAUAUGUAAUAAACCUCAGAUUUUUAUGAAAUUAAAUUUAUUAAUUGAAGCAAAUGUUGACUUUAGUUUUUCAUUACGACCAACUUCCGAUUACUUACAAACAAAACAGUUAGAUUUUUUAUCCGCUUGGAAAAUGGUGGAAAACACUAAGAAUGAUAUAAAACGAAUAUCAUUUGAAAAUAUCAUUAUAAAAGCAAAACAAUUUGCAAUUGAAACUAAUGAAAAACUUACUAACUUAAAAUUUCCUGAACAUAUUUUAGUGGAAGAAAAACUUCCAGAAGGUCGUUGCUUAAGAAAAAAAAAACAAUUUGAUGAGACAACUGGGGAUGAAGUAUUAACAACACCGAUUGAUCUUUACAGGGUAGAAACUUUCCAGACAAUUAUCGAUCAAUUAAACAUGAGUUUAAAUGAUAGGUUUUCAUGCAAUAUAGAUUUGAUUACCGAUGCACAGGUAUUACAUCCAUCUAGUUUUGAUGAAAAUCUUAAAAACUUUCCGAAAAAUGGUUUACUAAAGAUAGCUAAUUUAGUAAAUAUUCCUCACAAUUCAUUGGUAGAGGUACUUGUAGCAUUUUCUAAAAUAUAUCCAUCAUUGAAUGGAACCCUUUCUCAAAGAGCUGAAGAACUAUAUGAUAAUAUGCACAAUAAUGAAAAUAAUUUAGUUGACGAUGAUUCAAUUGAUGAAGAAGAUGAAGAAGGUGACACAGCUCCAAAUGCAACUAUGGAUAAUUUAGAGGCAUUUAUGUUGAUGAGUGUAGAGAAAGAGUUGUUAGAAGAAGUAAAUUUUCAAGAAAUAUUACAAUAUGUGAAGCAAAGUUCCUCAUUAAUGUGCAAAUUAUUAAGUUAA